UGGGGGUGGGGGUUCGCAACAGCGGCACUGAGGAUGGCCGCCCACAGUGUGUUUGACAAAAUGCCUGAGUUGGUGAGGCUGGAGGCGUCUGUGUAAGUGGAGAAUGGAGGGUCUUAGAGGGUUUUGGAGAAGUUGAGCGUUGCCAAUCCCCAUCCGUGGUGUCGCUCCAUCUGCAUUGAUGACCGCUCGAUUGGCUUCAGUGGCGCUUGAGGCUUGUGCCAAAGUGAUUGAUGGAAAAUACGUUGCAAAGCAAAUUAGAGACGAGAUUUCAACUGAAGCAUCUAGAAUGAAGGAGGCGAUUGGGGUUGUACCAGGCUCAGCUGAGAUUCUUGUCGGCGACAGGAAGGAUUCUGCUACAAAUGUACACAACAAGAAAAAGGCUUGUGAGUCUGUGGGGAUUAACUCCUUCGAAGUGCAUUUGCCCGCAGAUUCAAAAGAAGAAGAUGUGCUCAAGUUUAUCUCAGGAUUUAAUGAUGAACCUUCGGUUCACGGCAUUCUUGUUCAUUUACCACCGUCUUCACAUAUGAAUGAACAGAGUAUCCUAAAUGCAGUAACUAUCAAGAAAGAUGUGGAUGGAUUUCACCCAUUGAACAUUGGUCGACUUGCUAUGAGGGGUGGAAAGCUCUUGUUUGUGCCCUGCACUCCUUAA